CAUUCACCCGAAGCAAUGGAUGGACCCGAGGAUACAGACAGUAUGGGACAAAAUUAUGAUUUUGAGUUCAGUGACGAUGACCACACUAUACCAACGCAUGAGGAAGAGUAUGAGGAAGGACUUAACCAACUUGGACGUGCAAUGGCUUCUAAGUUUGUAUCAGGAAUCCAUAGAUAUGUUUCCAGAGUUAUUGUGCCGAGUGGAGUUGGGGGAGUUCAAGCAUGUUUGCGAGAACUGGACAGCCUUAUUGAUCGAUACCCCCCCAGCCACUAUUAUAUCAUCAGUUCCCACGACGACCACGUCCACAUCAGUCACAUCUGUGGAUACUCCUCGAACUGUUGCCGGUGCUCCUUCCUCAUUCGAGGCACAUUUUGGAGCAAAGACGGACGACGUGGACUUCGUCGGGUAUCUCGAGCAGUCGAUCUCGGGCCAGGGGAUUGGCGAAACAUAUUGCGAUACCUAUCUUCGGGUGGCAGAGUCCUCUAUCGCAUUGGAGGCUUCCGAGAAGAUGGACGAUUACUUGAUAGACAUCAAUAUUUAUCAGCGCAAAGAUAUAUGGGACAAACCGAAAGGGGACUACUGGCUGGGUGCGACGGCGAGUUGUCGUGGGACGUUUCCUGCCGACCACAAAGCCGUAAUGUACACAUCGAAGGUGAUUCGGAUGCUGGGGGAAAAAAUGAACAACUUAAAACAUAUAAAAAAAAUCCGAAAGACACCUGGGUUCGGCCGGAAAACGGCCCGAUAAGUAUCACCGAACUAUUAUACCAAUAUCCAUGUUGUCCACCCGACGCUUAUAAAAAUAUUAAAGAAUAUUAUAUGAAUACAAAUUUAAAUUAUCUUUGCGCCAAGGACAAAUACGUAGAUAGGGAUAUUGAAUUAUGGCUUAUUAAACUUAUGCAUUGGUCUCUUAAAGAUUACGAUAAUUAUUAUAAAGAUGAUAAGGUGCACCCUUACUUUAAUGCAUACAAUAGAUCGUUUGAUCAUGUUUAUUAUUCAAUCGAAGAGUCUGUUCGUAUUGCAAAUGAAUUACUAUUAUACCAAUUUGAUAAUGACAGAGAUAAUGUAUUAUAUUUUCUAACAGAUUUACUAAAUAUAUUAGAUAAAAAAAUUCCCAAAUGUAAUACUUUGGCAAUAUUAGCGCCUCCGAAUGCUGGUAAAAACUACUUUUUUGAUGCCGUCGCUUCAUUUUUUAUUAAUUACGGCUGUCUCGGCACGGCUAACAAAACAAAUAAUUUUGCUUUUAUGGAAGCGGCGGGCAAACGAUUAGUACUUUGGAACGAGCCUAAUUACGAGAGUCAUCACGUUAACGAGUUAAAAGCGUUAUUAGGGAAUUCUUGUCGGGUGAGUGUUAAAUACAAAGGUGAUCAAGCCUUACAAGGUCCUCCUAUAAUAAUACUUACAAAUGAUAAUUUGUCUGUAUUUGGUAUGACGGCCUUCCAAUCUCGUAUUAAAUUAUAUAAUUGGCAGAGUGCACCUUUUCUUAGAAACUAUGAUAAAAAAAUUAAUCCUAUGUUUAUUUUAAGACUAUUUGAAUUGUAUAACUUAUCUAUCAUGUAA